GGCAUGCGGUGGGCAAGGCAACAAGGCAUGUGGCACGUGGCACGCGGCAAGGCAACAAGGCAAGUCGGGAAAGCGACAAGGCAACAUGGCAAGUCGGCCAAGCGACAAGGCAACAUGGCAAGUGGCAUGUGGCAUGUGGCAAGGCAAGCGGCAAGUGGCACGUGGCAAGGCAACACGGCAUGUGACAAGGCAACAAGGCACGCGGCAAGGCAACAAGGCACGCGGCAAGGCAACAAGGCACGCGGCAAGGCAACAUGGCAAGUCGGGCAAGGUCUGCGAAAGCCUCUACCCCCCUAUAAUAGCAAUAGGAAGGAAAACCCAAGUGCCACGAACAGACAUGCCAUGCUCGAGGAGUCAUAAUGGCACACGGCAGGGCAUCUUGGCACACGCGGCAAGGCACUCGACCGGGCAUCUUGGCACGCGGCAAGGCACUCGACCGGGCAUCUUGGCACGCGGCAACGCACUCGACCGGGCAUCUUGGCACGCGGCAAGGCACUCGACCGGGCAUCGUGGCACGCGGCAAGGCACCCGACCGGGCAUCGUGGCACGCGGCAAGGCACCCGACCGGGCAUCUUGGCACGCGGCAAGGCACUCGACCGGGCAUCUUGGCACGCGGCAAGGCACUCGACCGGGCAUCUUGGCACGCGGCAAGGCACUCGACCGGGCAACUUGGCACGCGGCAAGGCACUCGACCGGGCAACUUGGCACGCGGCAAGGCACUCGACCGGGCAACUUGGCACGCGGCAAGGCACUCGACCGGGCAACUUGGCACGCGGCAAGGCACCCGGGCAUCUUGGCACGCGGCAAGGCACUCGACCGGGCAACUUGGCACGCGGCAAGGCACUCGACCGGGCAACUUGGCACGCGGCAAGGCACUCGACCGGGCAAUUGGCACGCGGCAAGGCACCCGACCGGGCAACUUGGCACGCGGCAAGGCACCCGACCGGGCAUCGUGGCACGCGGCAAGGCACUCGACCGGGCAUCUGGGCACGCGGCAAGGCACUCGACCGGGCAUCAUGGCACGCGGCAAGGCACUCGACCGGGCAACUUGGCACGCGGCAAGGCACUCGACCGGGCAACUUGGCACGCGGCAAGGCACUCGACCGGGCAACUGGCACGCGCCAAGGCACUCGACCGGGCAACUUGGCACGCGCAAGGCACACGACCGGGCAACUUGGCACGCGGCAAGCCACCCGACCGGGCAUCGUGGCACGCGGCAAGGCACCCGACCGGGCAACUUGGCACGCGGCAAAGGCACUCGACCGGGCAACUUGGCACGCGGCAAGGCACUCGACCGGGCAACUUGGCACGCGGCAAGGCACCCGACCGGGCAAACUUGGCACGCGGCAAGGCACCCGACCGGGCAUCGUGGCACGCGGCAAGGCACUCGACCGGGCAAUCUGGCACGCGGAAAGGCACUCCGACCGGGCAUCAUGGCACGCGGCAAGGCACUCGAACCGGGCAACUUGGCACGCUGGGCAAGGCACUCGACCGGGCAUCUUGGCACGCGGCAAGGCACUCGACGGGGCAUCGUGCACGCGGCAAGGCACUCGACCGGGCAUCGUGGCACGCGGCAAGGCACUCGACCGGGCAUCCUUGCACGCGGCAAGGCACUCGACCGGGCAAGUUGGCAAGCGGCAAGGCAUCGGGACCGGGGCAUCUUGGCACGCGGCAAGGCACUCGACCGGGCAUCUUGGCACGCGGCAAGGCACUCGACCGGGCAUCCUUGCACGCGGCAAGGCACUCGACCGGGCAUCAUUGCACGCGGCAAGGGCACUCGACCGGGCAACUUGGCACGCGGCAAGGCACCGAACCCGGGCCAUCUUGGCACGCGGCAAGGGCACCCGACCGGGCAUCUUGGCACGCGGCAAGGCACCCGACCGGGCAUCUUGGCACGCGGCAAGGCACCCGACCGGGCAUCUUGGCACGCGGCAAGGCACUCGACCGGGCAUCUUGGCACGCGGCAAGGCACUCGACCGGGCAUCGUGGCACGCGCCAAGGCACUCGACCGGGCAACUUGGCACGCUCCAAGGCACUCGACCGGGCAUCUUGGCACGCGCCAACGCACUCGACCGGGCAACUGGCACGCGCCAAGGCACUCGACCGGGCAUCAUGGCAGCGGCAAGGCACUCGACCGGGCAUCAUGGCACGCGGCAAGGCACUCGACCGGGGCAUUCUUGGCACGGGGCAAGGCACUCGCCCGGGCAUCUUGGCACUUGGUCAAGGCAUCAUGGCACGCGGCAAGGCACUCGAGGGGCAACUUGGCAGCCUGGGACUACGCUGCGACAUGGAAGCAAGGCAUGCAAGGCGAAGGGGAACAUCUGUGCACGACGGGAUGGGAACUUGUCACGAAACCAAGGCUCGCUACGUCGAGGUCCGAACAUCCAAUUAG